AUGGAGCGUGAUUGCGGAAUAAACAUUGCCGCAGAACCCUACACAAUCCCGGAAAACCACCCGUGUUGGGCGGCUGACCAAGGGAAAUCUGUGGCAAUUACUUGGCUGGGAAACAAGAACUCUCCUCCAGGCUCCAGGAUGGAAAGCGGAGACGGCUAUGUAGCAGUACAGUGGGGGCGUAUCUCGGUGAUUGGAGUCUACAUCUCUCCAAACAUCAACCUUGCCCACUUUGAAGAAAGGCUAGAGAGUAUCGGGGAGUGCAUAGGCAGAUGCCUCCCGCGACCAACAAUAAUAGCGGGAGACUUCAACGCCAAAUCGGCUCUCUGGGGCUCCCCGCUUAAUAACCGAAGAGGCGAGAUACUAGAAGAUUGGGCGGCGGCACUUAACCUAUGUAUAUUAAAUACAGGCAUAAGGAACACCUGCAUAAGACCGCAGGGGGAAUUCAUCGUUGACUUGACGUGGGCGACUCUUGCUGCGGUACAUCUAGUAAACGGAUGGGAGGUACUACAAGAGGAGACGGCAUCGGAUCAUCUAUAUAUAGAGAUGACCGUCUCAGCUAUUACCCCAGAGGUACUCAGCCGCCGCCGAGCAGCAGAGAUACGCCCAAGGAGAUUGGUCCUUCGUAAGAUGGACGAAGACCUUCUUAAGGCCGCAGUGUUGUCGACUGCUUGGCCAGAGGAGGGCAGAGAGGUAAGGGACGUCGACCAGCAAGCUGCAUGGCUAGAAGACGUGCUGACGGACAUCUGCGACGUUGCAAUGCCUCGUGCAAAGCCUUCUCCCCGACGCGCUGCUUAUUGGUGGUCGGAAGAAAUUGCAUCGCUACGCAGGACAUCCGUUCGGGCCAGAAGGGCCUUCACAAGGGCCCGCCGACGAAGGAGCGCCUCCGACGAGGAAAUAGAGGAAAGGUACAGGGAGUAUCGAACCGCUAGGGAGGCGCUAGUAAAGGCCACAAGAGCCGCAAAGGCCAAGGCAUGGAGUGAGCUUCUCAUACACUGGACGAAGAUCCGUGGGGGCGUCCAUAUCGCAUAG